CACUCAACAGAGUUGUAUCCCUGUGCAAAAAGCCUUGUCUAAACCCUAGUGGUGACAACCUACUCUUAUCCCUCGCCUUUCUGGUUUCGCCCCAUCAUCCCCUUCCUUCAAUUUCAGCUAGGGUUUAGGUUCCCCGAUCAAUUUUGAUUGUCCUGGCCGACCUUUUAAUCCUAUUGGAGUUUCGAUUAUCAUCGAAAUUCUGAAAAAAAAAAAAAAAUAUGGAUCUUCCUGGCCUUGCUGUUAUACUCCAAGCGGCUCUCAGCACCAAUCCCGAUGAGCGUAAAGCCGCCGAGCACAGCCUCAAUCAGAUUCAGUAUACACCGCAGCAUUUGGUGAGACUGUUGCAAAUUAUUGUGGAUGGUAACUGCGACAUGGGUGUGCGUCAGGUUGCCAGCAUCCAUUUCAAGAACUUCAUUGCGAAGAACUGGUCACCUCAUGAGCCGGAUGAGCAGAAUAAGAUAUCACAAGCUGAUAAGGAGGUGGUUAGGGAGCACGUUCUUGUGUUUGUUACACAGGUUCCCCCUUUGUUGAGGGUGCAACUGGGUGAGUGCCUAAAGACAAUUAUUCAUGCCGAUUACCCUGAGCAGUGGCCACGGCUUUUAGACUGGGUGAAGCACAACUUACAAGACCAACAAGUUUAUGGAGCUUUGUUUGUUUUGAGGAUUCUUUCUAGAAAAUACGAGUUCAAAUCUGAUGAGGAGAGAACACCUGUUUAUCUUAUUGUUGAGGAGACAUUCCCACAUCUGCUCAAUAUAUUCAACCGGCUUGUCCAGAUUCCCAACCCAUCACUGGAAGUAGCAGAUUUGAUCAAGCUUAUCUGUAAAAUUUUCUGGUCAUCCAUUUAUUUGGAGAUUCCAAAGCAGCUAUUUGAUCCCAAUGUGUUCAAUGCUUGGAUGAUGCUUUUCCUAAAUAUAUUGGAGAGACCAGUUCCAGUGGAAGGCCAACCUGCAGAUCCUGAUCUUAGAAAGGCAUGGGGGUGGUGGAAGGUGAAGAAAUGGACUAUCCACAUUUUAAACCGGUUGUACACACGGUUCGGAGAUUUGAAGCUCCAAAACCCAGAAAACAGGGCAUUUGCUCAAAUGUUUCAGAAGAGUUACGCUGGGAAGAUUUUGGAGUGCCACUUGAAUUUGCUGAAUGUGAUUCGAACGGGUGGAUACUUACCUGACAGAGUUACCAAUCUUGUUCUUCAAUAUUUAAGCAAUAGCAUCUCAAAGAUUAGCAUGUAUACUCUGCUGCAACCACGACUUAAUGUUCUUCUUUUUGAGAUAGUUUUUCCCCUGAUGUGUUUCAAUGACAAUGACCAAAAGCUAUGGGAUGAAGACCCACAUGAAUAUGUGAGGAAGGGCUACGAUAUCAUUGAAGACUUAUACAGUCCAAGAACAGCUUCCAUGGAUUUUGUCAGUGAGUUGGUCAGGAAACGUGGAAAGGAAAAUCUUCAUACGUUCCUUCAAUUCAUUGUGGAAAUUUUCAAGAGGUAUGAUGAAGCCCCGAUGGAAUACAAACCCUAUCGACAGAAAGAUGGCGCGCUUCUUGCUAUUGGAGCACUUUGUGACAAAUUGAAACAAACGGAACCUUACAAGUCUGAAUUAGAGCGUAUGUUAGUGCAACAUGUAUUCCCCGAGUUUAGUAGUCCUGUUGGGCAUCUUAGAGCUAAGGCAGCAUGGGUUGCAGGACAGUAUGCCCAUAUUAACUUCUCAGAGCCGAACAACUUCCUUAAAGCAUUGCAUAGUGUGGUCGCAGGGAUGCGAGAUCCAGAACUUCCUGUUCGAGUUGAUUCAGUGUUUGCUUUGCGUUCCUUUGUUGAAGCUUGCAGAGAUUUGAAUGAAAUUCGCCCAAUUCUUCCUCAGCUACUUGAUGAGUUUUUCAAGCUUAUGAAUGAGGUUGAGAAUGAAGAUCUGGUUUUUACCCUGGAGACUAUAGUGGACAAGUUUGGGGAGGAAAUGGCACCAUAUGCUCUUGGUUUGUGUCAAAAUCUGGCAGCCGCAUUCUGGAGGUGUAUGAAUACAGCUGAAGCUGAUGAUGACGCCGAUGAUCCUGGUGCUUUGGCAGCUGUUGGUUGUUUGCGUGCUAUUAGCACCAUUUUAGAAUCAGUGAGCAGGCUCCCACAUCUCUUUGUCCAAGUUGAACCAACUUUGCUUCCUAUAAUGCGUAGAAUGUUGACAACCGAUGGGCAAGAGGUCUUUGAAGAGGUGUUGGAAAUUGUAUCGUAUAUGACAUUUUUCUCUCCAACAAUAUCUUUGGAUAUGUGGAGUCUUUGGCCAUUGAUGAUGGAAGCUUUAGCCGAUUGGGCUAUAGAUUUCUUUUCAAAUAUUCUGGUUCCUCUGGAUAACUACAUAUCGAGGGGGACUGCACACUUUUUAUCUUGUAAAGAACCAGACUACCAGCAAAGCCUUUGGAAUAUGAUUUCAUCUAUCCUGGCAGAUAGGAAUAUGGAAGAUGGUGAUAUUGAGCCUGCUCCUAAGCUCAUUCAAGUACUUUUUCAGAAUUGCAGAGGGCAGGUUGAUCAGUGGGUUGAGCCAUAUAUUAGAAUUACAUUUGAACGGUUACGUCGAGCUGAAAAAUCGUACUUGAAAUGUCUGCUUGUUCAAGUGAUUGCAGAUGCUCUUUACUACAAUGCAGCUUUGACACUCAACAUAUUGCAAAAGCUGGGUAUAGCGACAGAUCUAUUUAAUCUUUGGUUCCAGAUGUUGCAAGAGGUUAAGAAAAGUGGCGUACGUGUGCAUUUUAAAAGGGAACAUGACAAAAAGGUUUGCUGCUUGGGCUUGACAUCAUUACUUACACUCCCAGCUGGACAAUUACCUGCGGAGGCUUUGGGCCGUGUUUUCAGGGCCACCCUUGAUCUCUUAGUUGCAUACAAGGAUCAAGUUGCAGCUGCUGCAAAGGAGGAAGAAGCUGAAGAUGAUGAUGAUAUGGAUGGUUUUCAAACUGAUGAUGACGAUGAUGGCGGGGAUGGAUCAGACAAAGAAAUGGGAGUUGAUGCCGAGGAUGGUGAUGAAGCUGAUAGCCUUAAAUUUCAAAAGUUAGCUGCACAGGCAAAGUGUUUCCGCCCAAGUGAUGAGUUCGAUGACGACUCUGAUGAAGAUUUCAGUGAUGAUGAGGAGUUACAGUCACCAAUUGACGAUGUGGAUCCUUUUGUCUUCUUUGUAGAUGCAGUCAAAUCCGUGCAAGCAUCGGAUCCGCCUAGGUUUCAGAGUCUUACACAGACGCUAGACUUCCAUUAUCAGGCACUUGCAAAUGGUGUAGCACAGCAUGCUGAACAGAGGAGAGCAGAGAUUGAAAAAGAAAAGAUGGAGAAGGCUUCAGUUGCCACAGCUUCAUGAAUGCUGCUUUAACUCUUUUGGUGUGGAUUCAAUUUUGCCUUUCUCUUCUUUGCUUAUUCCAUUGAUGUACUGCUGGGAAUAUAAGACAGAGUUGUUGGCUGUCCAUUCAGAGCCUUUGGUUGCUCUAAAGGGCUUUUCAUGUUUGAAGUGCUUGGAAGCAUAUCUGCUUCAUGAUAGCUUCAACAAUAUGCUAGAUUUGAUGUCAGGGAACUUGAUUGGAGGAGAUCAGGGAACUCUGCAGAUGGCACUUCAAUCUUGUUUUAGCAGUCAUUGUCUGGUUUGAGGCUAUUCUAAGGUAGGAUAUGCCUCGACCAUCCUUUUUUCUUUUCUUUUAUCUUGAUAGAGUCUUCUGUUAUUUAGUCAUACCAUUUAUCUGGUUAAGAUUCCCUUCUCAGGGCAUUAUUGGUUUUGGAUCCCUUGCUAUCUUCAUUGUGCAUAUCAGCGGGGGUUCAUGCACAGAGAGUUUGUAAUAUUUGUUGCCAUUUUUGUGGCUACUACAUGGGGGUGAAUGAUAGAGCUGUAUUGAUAGGUUGCCCUCAAAUUUUCACCUGUCUUUCACGUUUCAUAGUAUACUCCACCAGAUUCACUGGUAUUCGUUUAUUGGGUCGGUAGUUUUGGCAUUGAUGCAGAGAGCCUAGGGUUGCUUUCUGCUUUUUGUAAAACAUGGAUGAUGAUUUUUAUAGAGGGAUUUAUUGGAAUGAUGUUUUGUGUA